GCAUGAAAUAAAUGUGGGGAGCUGGUGAGGACAGGAAUCAAAACAGGCUCACUCUCUCUGCUAAGACAGACAACACCCACACCCACUUAGAGGAGUCUUUACCCAGAGGAACCUAAACUCUGCUGUCUUGCAAAGGAGUCAUGACCAAAGAGAUUGAGACUCUGGGAUUGGUCCUUCAGAACGAGAGUUUCAACUACCAGUGUUACAGUAACCUCAUCAUGGACUCCUGGGCCUACACAGACAACCUACUCACCUACGACCAGUGCAAGACACCAAAAGAACAGAAAAUGGUUGCGUGCAGCCGAGGCAGCAGUAUGUACAAGCCAGAGAGGACACUGAGUGGCUCCUCCCCCGAGCUGGUCUCCCUGGAGACGCCUACCAACAUCACCAACGUUUCUUCCAGCCACCCCCAGGAGGCGCUGGACCUCAACAGCAAGCUGUCGUCCCUCUGCCCUCCCUCUGUCCAUCAAAACUCCAGCGCCGACACCUACGACAAGCAGGCCAUCAACAACAUGUUUGACUCUCUGCUCUCCCAGAAGUGGCCCACAGAGACAGCCUUCCCCGAGGCCACCACUGAGCAGGCUCUCCCCUACAGUGAUCCCUUUACCAAGCAGCCCAGUCCAGUGUACUCUGACUCCUACACCAACUCCCCUCCAGAGAGAUACAGGAAUGAUUUCCAGUUUGUUUUGGGAGCCCCUCAAGCCACCCAGCACAAGUCGUCCCAGCUGCCCAUGGUUUACCUCAACAAGGGCCAGUUCUACCCUAUCUCCCUACAGGGGGUGGACAGCCCGUCCUCCAACAAAGUCAAGACGGUGGUCAUGGCGGUGUUUGAGAAUGAUAAGAGUGCAGAGAUCCAGCUGAGGUGCUGGAAUCACUGGCACGCAAGGCAGCCGACCGUUAAGCAGCGGGUCAUUGACAUCGCUGACUACAAAGAGGUGUUCAGUGGCAUCAGCCAUGUGGAAGAGGUGGCCUUCAAUGCUCUGUCUUUCAUUUGGAACCCCAACGAGGAAGGGAAGGUGUACAUUGGCAUUAACUCUCUGAGUACAGACUUCUCCUCUCAGAAGGGGGUGAAGGGGCUUCCUCUCAACCUCCAGAUCGACACCUAUGAUUUCAGCACCGGCACCAACCGCCUCAUCCACAGAGCUGCUGUCCAGGUCAAAAUCUUCUGUGAUAAGGGUGCAGAGAGGAAGAUGAGGGAUGAGGACAGGAAGAGGAGCAAGAGGAGGGGCAAAACUGUCAUCGACUCCAAAACCAUCAAGUCAGUAGUGUCCAGCUCCAUGGGAAGUGACAGCACCUUCUUCAAAACCCUGGAGGACCACGUCACCAACCCCGUCCUCUUCAUCCCAGAGAUGCACCUCUCCAACAUGCAGCGCUGUGGCCUGGCACCUCCCACAACCCUGGAAGAGGUUGAAAGGACCUCCCUGAAGAGACUUUACCCUGAUAGAGUGGACCAGAGCAGUGGUAGCCCACCACCAAGCAAGCAGGCCAGCUUGGAGGAGCAACAGAAAGUACUCUUGUACGUGAGAACAGAGUCCGAGGAGGUGUUCGAUGCUCUCAUGCUCAACACCCCAACUCUGAAAGGCCUGAGACAAGCGAUUUCUGAAAAGUAUGGCAUGCAAGAGGACUCCAUUGGGAAAAUAUACAAGAAAUGCAAAAGAGGGAUUUUCGUCAAUAUGGAUGACAACAUCAUUGAACACUACAGCAACCACUCAGCGUUCCUCAUAGAGAUCUCUGAAGUCAUGAGCAGUCAGUUCCAGGUCACUCUCAUGGAGUUAUGAAGAGAGGGCAGACAUUUUUUUUUUUAAUGUUCGGGCCACCAAAUGGCAAGGUCUGCCCAAUCAAACUGCCUGCCGAUUUCAACCCUUUAUUAAGCACUGCCCUGCGAGAGACUCUAUUGGCCGAGCCAACAGGACAAAGACAGAACAUCCUCUCUACCAUUGAACCGACUUCAGACCGAACGCUUUAUAGUGAUGCCAGUCACUGACUUUGUAAAUACCAUUUAACCCCAUCCUGACUUUUUUUAGUUUUACUGUGGUAUAUAUUUUAUAACAGAGCGAUUAUGAUUAAUUAUGACUAUGCUGUAAAUAUUUUAUGUAAAUAGAAAUGAAUGACAUAUGAGUUGUCUCUUUUGAGGAGACACACAGCGAUACCAUGACCCACUUUUCAGAAAUUUCCACAAGCUACAUAUUUCAAUUUCAGUAGACAUAUCGUGAAUGUUGUCAACUUUUUCAGACUGCCAUUCUUGCUGCUUGUCAUGUGCUUAUCGCUUCUUCCAAGAGAUCUCAAGUAAUGGGAAUGCUGCCAUUGUUGAAUUGCUUUAGUUUUUUGUUUUGUCACCAUAUUAUUUCUCAGACCAUUAUGUUUGCUAUAUAAAUGGUACUACCAAUAGGAUUAUGCUUUAGCCUGAAUUGUCCAACAAACACCCUAGAAUUAUCCAACAAAGUACUUUUUUUUUUAGAACCAAAGUCACACAUUUCCCACUUCACGGGUAUUGCCUUCACAAAAACCUCAGUGGCCUUCUAUAGUAGAAGACUGUACACAUUUCUAGGUUGUAUUGUGUCACCACAUAAUUCUUCCCCCAAGCCACUGUGCUAGAACCACUAAUGUUCCAGAUCAACCCCUUUCAAAAUCUUUCAGUUGAGUUUUUUGUGAAGGCGUUUAGAUUUCUCUUUGUAUGUUUUUUUUGCAACAUUUCAAUGCUGUAGCUAUAUCCCUGUAAUAUAUCUUAUGAUUUUACCAUAGCCAUUCUUUUUGUAUUGAUUCUCGUUUCCAAGAAAAUUAAACAUACA